UAGACAACACACAUACACAUACAUAACAAGCACCUGGUUUAGCAGUCUGCGCUCUGCGGCUGGCACCGUCAAUUUACGCUGUGCCAUUCCAGCACAAAGUCAAGAAGGCUGUGUAUGGUAGUGGGUAGAUAACAGUUUCAGCUUGAACACCAUGAUAAUUGACAAGAUGGCAGAGGAAGGACAAGCAAGCAGUGAAUCAAAGGAAUUUACAGAGCUGGACUGGAUUACUCUCAAGAAUGACCUCAACACACAACAAAUACAGAAAGUUGAAACGUCAACCUCAAAAUUCUACCGGAAAUUCCAGGAAAAUCCGUUUGUGCCAAUUGGUUGUGGCUUAACAACAAUGGCACUGGUUUAUGGCUUGUACAGCUUCAGCACUGGGAAACGUGGCAGGUCGCAAAGCAUGAUGAGAUUGAGAGUGGUGGCUCAGGGAUUUACUGUUGCUGCUCUCAUGAUGGGUAUUGCAAAGACAUCCAUGUCUUGAAGUAACAGAAAACAGUAUCUGCUUGAAUUUCAAGUGAUCUGAGAAUAUCCCAAGAUUGACGAUUCAUGUAGUAAAUAAUAAUGGUCAAUAUUUUUGUUAUUCCAUUUGUAUUUCUCAGUUUUGUACCUUCUUCAAGAUACAUUUUUCUUCAACAAGAAUUAGAUUUAAAUAUGAGACGAUUGCAAGGGAUUGAAAAGAAAUAUAUUUGUUUUAACUGAGUGUACAUAGAGCAGAGCCUUGAUUUUGCAUUAAUCCAUUAAGUGUUUUAAGAUAAAUAUGAAUAAUAUUUGGUGUCCUGAGAUGGCCACUUAUCUAAGUAUGUACACUUCAAACAUGAAGUUGCUUACCAUCAUUGAUUUGGUCAGAGUUAGUGAAUUCAGAGCAGUGUUACAUAUAUUUUUCAUAACAGAGGAAUAAAUAAGCACUCUUUACAGAUGAUAAGCUAAUGUAAAGAAUUACCUUAAGCAUAGUAGGGAGGUUCAAGUUAUACAGCUUUCUUAAACAGGAUGGAGUCAGACACUUUUCAUCUCAUUAACUACUCUUCAUUAAAACACUGUCUUAAUUCUCUCACACAGCUGCAAUGCGUAUCUUAUCCUCUUCUAUUCUUGUUUCUAUAUUUACCACACUUAAGUUUACAAACUGUGUCUUCCUCCCUCAAAUGAUCUUCUCGCACAAGAAUUUCUACCUACUCUCACUCCUGUGCUAUCCAUCUUAGUAAUGCAAGCAUUUAUCAUUACUUUGACUUUUAUUGCUUUAACUGGUAAACUUUGUAUCUCCCUCUUUCUCUUUUUCCCUUUUCAAUAACCUAGGCUGUUUCAAAAGAAGAACAUCAAAACAACUCGGAAACAAAACUAGUCAGCUCGUAGAUUUUCUCUCUCUCUCUCUCUCUCUCUCUCUCUCUCUCUCUCUCUCUCUCUCUCUCUCUCUCUCCAUUGGUAUGAGUUUCAAGAAAAAUGUGUGACAGUACUUCCAACUAUAAUCUUUUUAAUCAAUGACAGGUGAUAUGAUCUGUCUUGGUCUCAGGGCACCAGUGUCAUCAAAUCUCUACUUGUUUGAUAGCAAGCAAAAUAUUGUGCACGUGCACACACACACACACACACACACACACACACACACACACACUUACCUUAUGCAUAUAUGUGCAUAAACCAUUGUAAUUAAUGUUUCCUUUCUAUAUGUAUAUUACAUAAUGAAUUAAAGGGUAUUCCCAAA